UUGACUUUUGCUAUCGCUUUUGGAUUGUCUCUGUUUGCCUUUGAUGAAAUUGGUUUCAAAACAAGCCAAUCUUGUGAGGAGUUGGAACUGAAUCUGUUCAGAAAACAAAUUUAUAAUAGAGACUGUAAUGUGAAAUUUCAGGGACACGUGCAAUAUCCAAAUUUUGUUCGAUUGAUCAAGGUCACGGUUGUGCGCGAUUGGUAUUGAUUGCCAAAGAAGGCUUGGUGCUGGCAGUGUAAAGUGAUGCUGAUUCUAAAAAAUCUUUUGUUUGCACUAUAAAUCUACGUCUUGCAUUUCCAUACAUGGCUUGAUGUUACCGUCAAUCAGCGGAAAAGAUUCCGAGGAAAAAAACCUAUUUCCAAUUUUCGAACGAAAAGUGCUUAUCAGUGGGUGUUAUGUGUGGUAGUGUAAUGUGAUUUUUUAUCAUGGAGCUCAAAAAUCAUUAAUUGUCAAGAGAUAGUAGUGAACUGCGAGGUGAUUCAGGAUUGCACAACUCGCAAAAUAAGGUGUUAACUAUGCGCUGGAUCGUAAACCUUGAGGGUGGUCCAAGGCGAGUCAAUCAUGCAUCGGUCGCGGUAGGGGACUAUAUUUACUCAUUCGGUGGCUACUGUACUGGCGAGGAUUACCGAUCGACCAGCGCUAUUGAUGUUCACAUCUUGAACACGAACAAUUUGCGAUGGACGCUGGCCCCGACGAUGAAGGACGAACACGGAGUACCGUGCAAAUAUCCGGAGGUUCCCUUUCAGCGGUAUGGCCAUACAGCUGUGGCCUACGAGCAGAAGGUGUACAUAUGGGGCGGAAGAAACGACGAAAUAGUUUGUGAUAUUCUGUUUUGCUAUGACACGAAGACUCUAAAAUGGAGCAGACCAGCAGUGACUGGAACGGUUCCUGGGGCAAGAGAUGGCCAUUCCGCGUGUAUGUACGGUCACCAAAUGUAUAUUUUUGGAGGGUUCGAGGAAAACAUAGAUAAGUUUUCCUGUGACGUGCACUAUCUGAACUUUGAGACGAUGCAUUGGACUUAUGUCGAUACUCGGGGAGAUCCUCCAUCGUAUCGCGAUUUCCAUUCUGCCACAAUAGUCAACCAUAAAAUGUUCGUGUUUGGUGGACGGGGAGAUGCUUGGGGCCCGUAUCAUUCACAAGAGGAAAUAUACUGCCCGAAAAUUGUCUGCUUGGAUCUCAGAACAAGCCGUUGGGAAAUGCCAAACACUACUGGGGAAGAGCCUCUGGGGAGAAGAAGUCAUUCUGCAUUUGUUUUCAAUAAUCGAAUUUACAUCUUCGGUGGCUACAAUGGCAACUUGGAUUUGCACUUCAACGAUCUCUACUGUUUUGAGCCGGAUCGAUACGUGUGGCGGCUGGUUCGACCACGAGGCCAAUCCCCGAGAGCGCGGCGGAGGCAGUCCUGCUUAGUCAUCGGUCAACGGAUGUAUUUAUUUGGCGGGACGUGUCCUUCGCACCUAUCGGAUCCUGCCUCGUACGACUACAGUGAUACUCAUGUGCUAGAUUUCAAUCCAACAUUACGCACACUCGCAAUGCUCAAGGUACUAGAGUGCAAGCUAGACCUCUCAUGUCUGCCAAGGAUUAUCAAAAUUGAGAUACGCAACAUGACCACACCUAACAAGAUCAGUCGAUCGCUGGUGAGUGGAUAAGACCUUCGGGGCCGGUGAUUUUGGAAACUGUGUAAUACUUUGCGGUUAAGUUAGAUAAAAUUGGCAUACUUCCAAGGUUUUGUUCGAUUUGUCGUAGAACUCGGUGUAUCUUGAUUUAUCUAAAUUAGGAUAAGAACGUUAGAUGAUUGGAAACACCACAGAUAACAGGCGUUUAAGCUCGUACUCGAAAAGUGUGUUAGCACCUGCAACUGCCAUUUCAAAUAGAGCGAGCGACUGAGAUGCAUUAUGCAAACAAGUAUAACAUCAAUCGAUACAAUGCAACUGGGGUGCAGCUGUCCAAAACGUGUAGCGAGCAGUUUAUUGGAUGGCUAUAUAGUGCGUUCUUAAUCUGCAACGUUUAUCGAUUUAAAAGUUUACAUCAAUUUUGUUCUAGGCUAAAUGUCUGUUAUCUGUGGGAACACUAAAGAGUGUAAUUUGCAAUACAUACCAAUCAAACAUGGAACGGAGUAUUUGUGUGGUUUUAAAAGUUCUAUUUAAUGUGUACAUAGAGGUUGUGUAUUUACAUGUAAAAUAAAUCGUGCUGAUCGAAACGGAAA